AUGCCAGACAAGGACGCCGGCACCCCCCGUGUCUUCCUCUAUCGACAUGGGCAGACGAUCUGGUCCAAGAGCGGCCAGUACACUGGUAAAACGGAGCUGGACCUCACGGACGAUGGCAAGAAGCAGGUCCGCGCAUCCGGCAAGAUGAUUGUCGGGUCGGGCAAGCUAAUUGACCCGGCGCACCUGGCCCAUGUCUACAUCAGUCCGCGCAAGCGCGCGAUGCAGACCUUCCAGAUUGCCUUCUCUGAGGCGGAUCAGCAGACGCUGAAGGAUGCGCAGAAGAUCAGUGAGACUGAGAGGCUUGCUGAGUGGGACUACGGCCUGUACGAGGGUCUGUUAACUAAGGAGAUCCGAGCGCUGCGGAAGGAGCAUGGUCUGGAUGGCGAGCGGCCCUGGGACAUCUGGCGCGAUGGCUGCGAGGGCGGAGAAUCUGCACAAGAGGUCACGGACCGUAUUGAUAACCUCAUUGCUGAGAUUCGUGAGAUCCACAAGGACAACAUGCACGGCGAGAAGCACUGUGAUGUUGUCCUGGUGGCACAUGGCCACCUGCUUCGCGCCUUCACCAAGCGCUGGCUUGGGUAUCCUAUGGAGUUCCCCCUUUCCUUGAUGCUUGACCCUGGUGCCGUUGGUGUCUUGAGUUACCAGCAUCAUAACAUUGAUGAGCCUGCUCUGCUGGUCGGGUAUGGAUUCCCAUUAGAGGAGUGA